AUGAUAUGCUUUGACUCAUCACUAUUGGAAUUAUCACAAACAGUAUCAAUAGGUCUUUACUACCUGGCAGCGGUGAAGGCUGUUGUGGCCUCUUCUCGGUUGGGAAGUGCAAGCAGCAGCCAUAGCAGCAUCCAGGAGAGCCACAAGGAGAGCCGAGAACCAUCUCCAACCCAAGAUGUCAAGGACAACAAAGCUCUUUCAGAAAAGAAAAUGCAAGAAGGGGCCAAAGUGGCAGCCAAGGGUGCAGGGGCUGAGCUGAGGAAGCUGGAUCUCGGGGAGAUGGUGAAAGAUGCAGUUGUAAAUGCUGAGGAGGCCUCCAGGAUGGUGCCCCAGGCACUGGAGGAUAGGAUGAAGACAGCUGGUCCAGCUGAGCCAGCAAUAGAGAGGGGAUUGGGGGAGGAGAAAAUGAAGACUAUGGAGGAAGCAGUGGUCCCCAAAGAUGAGGAGGAAACCCUUGCUGUGGGACUUGGGACUCCACAGGAAGAUGUGAUCCUGCCAGAGUACUAAACUGGCUUGCUUUAGGUCUGGAGACCAACCUCAGCAUUUUACAUACUUUGUCCUUCAGCAAGGAAGGUGUGGAAGCAUGGUAUGCACUAUAAUGAUUCUGUUUUGAGGUGCAAAACCAAAAUACAUAUAUACCAGUUGGUAAUCCUAAUUUCAAUGCAUGUGAUUGCUUUAUGAAAAUAAUAGUGUUUUCUAUGGCAUGUAAUGGAUAUCUAAUACUGAUGAGUUAAAGUUGACAUUGCAAGUAAACACAACACUUUAAAAACAUGCAUUCUUUGAAAGCUUAGCCAUCCUACUUCCUCUGGACUUCUUCAAAGACAAUAAUUCCUUUGAACUACUGCAUAACUAAGCCUAGUUGAAGCUAGAAGAUGUAUUUUCAUGACUGUCCAAAUACUUUUCAUCAUUACUGGAUACAACUGGUUAAAGGGGGUGGCUAUAAGUAAGAGUUGUGCAGUAUGUUAAAAAAAAUCAUUUACAGUGUUUAGAAACUUAAAGUGUUACAAGGGCCAAGAAUCCAGUUGACUCCAGUUCCCUAAAGCAUAUGCAGACAAUGUCUUAUUUAAAUUGGACAUAUACUAUACUUUCUAAUAAUCAUCAAAAUGUUCUAUCCUAAAAUCUUCCAAUUUACAAUUCUGGAAAAAUUAUUUUUUAAACUGAUGCUGAAUUUCUGUCUUUUCCUUACCUGCUUUCCAGUAAGUUGCCCCUUCAGAUGUAUAAAACUUAGGUAAGAAUAAAGAAAUUUAAGGAAGAAGAGAUAAAAUUGAGAUGUAGACAUGCAAAGAUUGAUUCCUUUUCAUUUCCCACAUAAACUUGCAUUUAUAAACUUAUAUAACCUUGCAAAUAUGAAAAUUUUUAUGAAUAUAUCCUAUACUUAACAAGUUUGAAAUUUUUAGAGAAGCCUAUUGCAUAGAUUGGUGCCAAAUGUCUGAAUAGAGUGAGAAUAAUAUAUUCUAUUGUCAGAUAAUUCAUUAUUGAUUUUAUUAGAGUAAAAAAACAUUGUUUACAAAAGUUUUUUCUUCUUCAGUUACAUGGACAUACUGUUCAUGAGCUAAAAUUUCAUUAUGAAAAUUAGUAUCUUUUUCUCAUACUUGGAGUGGAAGGGCCCAUAUUUUGUAACAUAGUUUAAAAUUUUUCCAUGUCAAGAAAUUUAGCAGAGUGUGAACUUUUAUUUGCCUUAAAAAAGCAGAACAAAAAUAAAAGAAAACACUUAUUUUAAAGCAGACUUCGGAGAAGCUAAAGCAUUAGACCUAUAUGGAGAUUUUUUUCCUCGGGGUCUUUGGCUUUGGCUGCCAUAGGAACAGGUUCACUCAUGAGAAAUUAUAUUAAAUCCAAGUCCCUCAAAUUUCUACAAUGACACCAGGAAAUUGAAUAAAUGUGAACAUUUAAAAAUGAAUAAAAUGAACAUUUUAUGAAAAUAAUUGUUUCACAUUUUGGUGGGUUUUCUUAAUUUAAAAAAGUAUUACUUUCCAAAUUCAAAAUGAGAAAAACGAACAGCACAGAAAAUUUUUUCAUAAAAUAAUGAGAUCUUAAUUUGUUUUGACUCAUACACAAAACAGUUACGCUGGAAAAUUAAAUUAAAGCCUGGCCCUCUCCAGGCUAUUAGAGACUCCAGUACUCCAAGCACAAACCUACAGUUCCCAUGAGAAGAAGGCAGCGUCUGCCGCUUGUACUCCACAGUUUAGGGAUCUGUGAAGUAGCUGACAGAGCGCAUUAUCUGAGCUCAGAUGACCAUUUUUCAUUUUGAAUUGCUUAUGCUCCUCUUUCCUUCUUUCCUUUUAAUUAUUCCUUCUCAGAAUUCUCAUUUUGAAUGUUAUAAAGGGCUCACUGUUUUUAACCUUUAAGAAUGCUUUCUUCAGUAAGAUUUCCAUUUAAGAACAAUUUCCUGGUGUGAUUUUCCCAUCAAACUCAACAUAUACAUGGUAAGUGUCCCAUAUAUAGGAAAAACAAAUAAGGGGGGUCUUGUGACAAGGUGGCAAGUAAUUGAAAUACCAGAAUAUAUUAAAACUGGAACCCAAACCAUACUGUUUCAAGGACAGAUCUUACUUCAUUCCAACAUGAGCUGGCUGCCGUCGUGGACACUGUGGACUACAGGGACAGCAUUAUAAGUGCCAAGACCAUGUGCAUUUUAGAAUUCACUCAUUCAAAUGAUUGCACCUCACCACUCCUUGGUGAUACUGGAGUAUGAGGUUAACUUCCUCCUUUACUAUCUAUAAACUGCACUGUCUUCAGUAUCAUUAGCAGUUUUCACUCUUGUUUGCUGAAGAUUAAGUCCUGAUCAUGCCUACAUGGUGAAAGUCCUCUCACUGGGAAUAAUUCACAAAAAUGCUUAUCUUAUUCAAAGAUUUCAUAGAAAUACAAUCAAACAAUACUUAUUUUAGCAUUUUUUAGAGAAAAGCCAACAUUUACAUUGUUGGUUAAAAUGAAAUGUAAAAACAAAGAUUACUUAACUAAAUAUAGACAAAAGUCUUAAUUUGAAAGACAACUUUCUAAUAUUCUUAACUGACAUGUAGUCACAAGGCAAAAGAAUUUUUAGAAUUUCAGCAAAAAGCAAUAAAUUACAUUUUGCAUUUUAGAAGUGACAAUUGUAUUGAUUAUUGGUUUUUAUUUUGACGACCAAGUAUAUUCAUAGCCUAGGUUCUUUUACAAUAAAGAACAAUCUGAAAUCAUCUCCCCCCUCUUAAAAACUUCCAGUGGUUUUCUCAAACUGUUAAGCGUUCAUUUGCCACAAACAAGUAAGGAAGACAUUAGAAUAGGAUGGUUGUGCAAGUGAUUAUCUGGAACAAGUGAUGUCUAAUAUAAUCUAUACAUGUAAUAUUUUUCUUUUUUUGAGACAAGGUUUUACUCUGUAUCACAGGUCUUGAACUCACUAUAUAGCCCAAGCUGACCUCAAACUCAGAAUGAUCCUCCUGCCUCAGCCUCCCAAAGGUUGGGGUUACAGACUUAUGCCACCACUCCCAGCCAUACAUGUAAUCCUAAAUUUUAUACUAGUCACAUUUUUAAAAGAAACAAAAAAGAUGAAAUUAAUGUUAGUAUAUUUUCAUCCAACAUAUCCAAAUUGCAAUGAUAUUAUAUACUCAAUGUCAAAACUAAUGAGGUAAUUUGAAUUAUUUUUAUAUUGCCUUCUAAAUCAGCAGUAUAAAUACUUUCAGUACAUCAAGUAGUCAAUAGCCACAUGUAGUUACUGGCUACUGUGUUAGCAGCACUGGUCUCUAGCACUUUUAUUUUGAGCAAAGUGACACUUGAAUUUCUAUGCUUAGAUUUGAGUGCCUCAGUUUUCCACAUUGAUAAGAUUGAGAGGCUAAGGUGAAAAUGUUACAGAUGUAGGUAAGUAAAUUUUGGCUGCUUCGAUCACUUCUGUGUCUUAGAGAAGUGAUCUGCAAUAUUACGUCAAAGCAACACUUUCUUGGGCAUUCCAAAUUGUGUACUGGCCAGAGUCCAUGUGAUCCCUGUUUGGGCUCUGGAAACCUGACUGCAUCCUAAAACCUUCUGAGUACUGCCAUAGAGUCAACUGUGGGCCAGUUGUGUGUCCCCACUGAGCAAAGACUGUGCACAGAAUCCAAUUUCUAUAGUCCUCCAUUAAGCUGAGCACCCUCUUUAUGUUGCAAGUAAUCUCUCUAGACGUGCACUGAAAAAUGCAAAUUUGCAUGAUGGGCAUUCUAUGAUGGUGGUGGUAAUAUGUCAAUUAGCUCUAAAAUGGGAGUAUGAGCAUUGCCUGGUAUUUUCUGGAUUUUCUUAGACGGCCUUAACACUGCCAUUGCACACAGAUUUUUUUAAAAGACUUUGGGGAUUUUUUACAUACUAAUUUUAGAAUAACUGUUGAUGUCCUACAGUCAUAGUGCUAUAUUUACAAGGAAAGAAGCAACUUGCCUUUUAAAGGGACCUCGAUUAUGUAAUGUUUUGACAUAUUUUAUAAUCUAGACUAUUUAGUACUAGCUUUCUAGUUUUCACAUGAAAUGCAAGGUAACUAAUUGUGGGUUGCCUACAGGCUGAUGAUUUCAAGAGCCAUUUGUUCAUAAUUCAAUCUUUAUUACACAGAAGCAGCUGGUUGCAUUUCAAAUUGGAAAAAGAAAAGUAAAUGCUAGAGAAGGCAAAGGAUAAAAUUAGUAAAUCAUUUCUUCUGCUUUAGGAUUGUUCUUGCAAAGCCAAAUUAAAAUAAAAAUUUUAAAAUAGGUCAUCAAAGUGAAUUAGCACUAGGCUUUUCUUGAUAAGGUUACCUACAUUUAUAAUCGACAAACACACACAUCACACAUCACAGUCAAUUGCAUAAUUACAAUGCCAUUAUGUAAUCUGCUUGUGCUUGCAAAGUACUCUUGUCUGGUUAUCUAGGUUUACUUGAGACAGCACCAGGUUUUCAGAUAUUUACUUUGUAAUGAGAUUUGUAAUGUCCUUGUAAUUACUGUCUAUUAAGUCAUGUUCCAAUUUCCUUAAUGUUUAUCACUGAUAUUUUCCUGAUCAGGGUCAUGGCUGACAUUUGAGCACUUAACAGUUGAACACUUAUGCUUAAUGAUUAGACUGUGUGUCUGCACUGUUUGUGUUUUUAAAACAAUGAAGCAUAUAUAAUUUCAAUUUUGGUAUGUUCAUAAUCACAUGAAGAAAAUGUAUGCAAUUUUCUAUUUUUAAAACUGUGUCCUUCUACUUCCUUAUAAAAGGUGGCUCUAUAGCUCCCUGAAAGUAAAGACAGGAAGGAGAGAGCAAGAGACAGACAGAUAGACAGACAGAGACAGAGACAGACAGUGACAUUGCUAGCUACACAGCCCAAUGCACCAAUGAUAACUGUUCAGGAUUUUGUCUUUCCAUCAAAGACAAGUUUUGUCAUUAUUACUGUUUGUAAAUAUCAUCUGAGAUCAAAUAAUGUAGUCUAGGUCCAGUCAUUUUAUAUUUACCCUAGAGCAUAAUAGCAAACUAAAUUAAUUUCUAACUGGUUAAAAAUCACAAUUUUCAUAAAUGGUCUGUGAUUUACUCAAGGAGGCUUGACAGCAUGAUUUUAGCUUCCUUCAUGACUCACUCUGUUCCCUAGCAUAUGGCCCAGAGGUCCACCUAGGGCAAGGUAAAAACCUUGCAAUGAAAGAAGACCAUCUGACAGGUUUGCAAGAAUCAGACACUGCUCUAAAGAAGAUUCCCAGCAUCUGAACUAGUUGAACUCAAAUUAGACAAAUGAUAGAAAACCUGUCCCCAUGUUCAGAAGGACAGAAAGUACUCUAAAUGUUGUUGUGUUGUUCUUAGAAAAAUGAAAUUCCACGCUCAUUUGUUUUUUGCAGUGGUUUACUUGCAUUUGUUCGAAGCCAGUGUUUUGUUUUAUCUGCUGGACAUCAGCCUCGCUGCCUCGAACUGAGAUCCUAGCAGGCACAUCCUAGAAGAGCUAGAGAGGCAAGGGGUCCUUGAGGCCCCAGAAUUCAGACUGUCUCUAAUCAUCAAAGAAUGCAAAAUCGCAUCGUUCAUAAGUAGCUGUUUUCAGUAAAUUCUAGACUGACCUGAAUGAUUCAGAGAAUUAUUUACAUCUAAUCUGAUCUUUGCUUUGGUUCACUGUGUUGAAAUGCCAGCUAUUUAGUCUUCAUUCAGAUUGAAUAACCAUUUUCCAUCUAAAAGAUGGAAAUUUCAAGCUUCUUAAAUAUAAUGGGGUUCACAUUAGAGUCUUUGAAAACUCUUCUGAAGCUAUCUCCCAACUCUGACAGCUAUGAAUGAUAAAAAUUGACUGUGUGCUUUCUUUGUCAUAUCUUUGACAAGUGGAUAACAAUCUAUUUUGUAAAGGCGACAAUGAAGUAUGACCACACAUUGAAAAUUACCAUCUCUUCGCUCCCUCCUUUCAACCUGGCCUGUUUUUUAUGCCUGCAGCAUAGCUAAUAUACAAUUGAUAGGCUAAAAACAACAUAUUCAUGGUUCUUACAUUUUUCUGCUCAUAGCAUUCUUGGUUUCUGUAAUAUUUUUAUGGUCAUCUCUAAACCAAAAGAAUGUUCCAACACGUCCAUUUAUGAAGCAUGUAGGUCAAAAUGGCAUAGUAAUUCUAUUUCAUAUACAGCUGAUGUUGCUGCUCCCCUUAACAUUUGUAAAUGCCCCACUGGGUUCAGUGAUUUGGAAGAGCUGGAAACAGAUGAUUUCUUAUGCCCAAUGAAUGAAGUGUAUAUACAAAAUGGAUUAUUAGGCUGAUGUUAAUAUGCUUACUUGUCUGGAUGUCAAUCAUUUUCUCUCUCAUCUCUGAGAUACACACGUCUUAAGUUUGCUUUCUGUUGCUAUGACAAACAACAUGACCAAAACCAGUGUGGGGGAAGGAUCAAGUUUAUUUCAUAGUUACAGUGUCUUACGAAGGGAAGCCAAAGCAGGAACCUGGAGGUAGGACCUGGAGAGGAAGCCAUGGGUGAACACUGCUUCCCCUCUUGCUCCCUUUUCUGCUCUGCCAGCCUCCUUACACAGCCCCGGGGUCUCCUGUCUGCAGAUGGCACCACUCAAAGUGGGCUGGGCUCUCCUCUGUCAGUUAACAAUCAAGGACACAGUGGUGUCCACAGGCCAAUCUGAUCCAGAUGCUCUCCUGAUCCAGACUCCCUCAGAUAUCUCUGGGCUAUAUCAAGUUGACAGCUGAAGCUAACUAGGAGAACAUAUAAAAUUAAUACACAUUUGAAAAAGUUAAUUUCCACACAGUUCUCCACAGUUUCAAGUUUAAUUUAACUUCAGUGUAGAUCUCCAAAGAACAUUUUUCGGGACUCAAGCAAACUAUGGCAUACAAGUAAAUCUUAACUUAGGACUUCAAUUAAUCUUAACCAAAGGGCUGUUCCUGUUGGAAUACUGUCAGACUGAUUUGUUUAUACACUGCUCUGUUUGCAAGCUACCAGGACAAACCUAAACAUUUUCAGUAAAGACCAUUCAAUCCACAUCAUCUAAAAUGCCUACCUGGCCUUUUAUGGAAAAAAAGAUGGCUGAUUUUUUUCAUUGUACCUCAUGCUUUUUGAUGACCUUUAGGAAUCCAUAUCCCAAACUGCAAGGUUGUCUGCUUAGCUUAAAGCAGACAGCUUUCUCUUAUUUGCUUCUUAGAUGAGCUUUGUUUUAUGUUGCAAAUGAUCUCACAAUUAUGCAGAGAUAGAAAUUAAAAGUAAAAUUUCCCUGCAGGACCAAAAGUGCAAAAUCACAUCACGCCUGAAAAAGGAAAUCAGAAUAUGAACUGAGUUGGUUAAGAGCUGGAAGUUAAGGUUUCUAUAGUUCUUUGAGCAGGUUUUAGAAACUUAGAAAUCACUAACAUUUAUUCACAUGUCCAUCAAUCUGAAGGCCUGUUGCUUAGCAAGCUAAGAAACAAAGCACCCUCUCUGGUUUUGAAUCUCUCAGAACACUAUGAAGUAAUUUAUAACAAUUGAUUUUCGGGGGCUGGAGAGAUAGUUCAGUGGUUAAAUUCUUGCAGAAGACCCGGGUUUGAAUCCCAGCA